AUGCGCAUCCCGUACACGCCCAACCCGCCCACCACGACCGAUGCCGAGGACCAGGCCAUCAUCUCGCGCAUCGAGGCGCGCCGGGCGCCGCGGCCGCUGCAGCCCCUAGACCUAGCCCUCCUCCACGCACCCCCCGUAGCAGACGGCUGGAACGCCUUCCUAGGCGCGAUCCGCACGCGCACGCUCCUGCCCGCCUCUCUACGCGAGCUGGCCAUCUGCCGCGUCGCCGUCUGCAACCGCGCCUGGUACGAGUGGGGCCACCACGCGCCGCUGGCCGCCCAGGCGGGGCUGGGGCCGCGGGCCAUGGCUGUUUGUCGGGUGGAGGAUUUGAGCACCUUGUUCGAGGGGGGAGAGCGGGAGGAAGCUCGCGAGGACGGCCUCGGCGACAAAGAGUGGGCCGUCCUGCGUUACGCCGACGAGAUGACGCGGAAAGUGGCGGUUAGUGAGGAGACGUUCGCCGCGCUGAGGGCCGUCUGCGAUGAGCGGGAGGUUGUGGAGGUCACUGCUGUUGUCGCGGCUUACAACUGUGUCAGUCGAUUUCUAGUUGCACUAGAUGUGGGCGAGAGAAACAGUACCGGGCCGGAUGAUGUUGCUCACUGA